UGCUUAAAUAUAAUUAAUCAUUUAAAUUCUAUUAGCAUAAAAUGUAUGUAUCCAUAACUUUCUGCAUUAUUAACUAAUGCAUACAGAAACAAUGGAGCCGUGGAAAGACCUGAGCGGAAAAGUAGUAAUGGUGACAGGUGCGUCGUCAGGAAUAGGGCGAGAGUUCUGUCUCGACUUGGCGAAAGCCGGCUGCAGCAUCAUUGCUGCCGCUCGUCGUAUUAACAGACUGAAAUCUCUCUGCGACCAGAUUAAUAACUCGGAAGACACCCAGCGCGCAAUCGCCGUCCAGCUUGAUGUCACCGCGGAUGGUUCUACAAUUGAGGCUGCUGUACAGAGAGCUUGGGACGCCUUCGGACGUAUUGAUGCCUUGGUUAACAAUGCCGGACUUAGAGGUAAUGUGCAUUCUUCACUGAAAUUGCCAGAGGAGGAGUGGAACCAUACCUUUAAGACAAACCUAAGAGGGGCAUGGUUGGUGUCCAAAUAUAUUUGUAGACGAAUGCGCGAUGCUAAACAGGGCGGAGGAUCUGUUAUUAAUAUCAGUUCAACUGCUGGUCUGAAUCGGGUACUAAUACCAGGGGGUGUUGCUUACGCUUCUUCAAAGAUGGCUCUUGACAUGGUCACCAAGAUGAUGGCCCUGGAAUUGGGAGUAGAGAAGAUCAGAGUGAACUCAGUAUCACCAGGAAUUUUCAAAUCUGAAAUAACAGAGAGUCUUAUGCAAAAGGAAUGGUUCAAUAAUGUUACUUUGAGAACCAUUCCUUUGAAAACUCUUGGAACGACAGAUCCGGCUUUAACAUCAGUGGUCAGGUACUUAAUUCAUGAUUCUUCAGAAUAUGUUUCAGGCAAUGUCUUCAUUGUCGACGCUGGAACAACUUUAGUAGGUGUUCCCAUUUUCUCAUCACUGUAGACAAAGAGAAUGGACAUGUUAGAUAAAAUAUAAUGUUGGUUUUGUCUCAUGACUUCAAUUGUCGAAGUGAAAUGUAUCUUAUUGUAGUCUAAACAAAAAAUCGUAGGACUCUAAGUAUCUCUAUAUGUAUUCAGCCAUAUAUUUUUGAAUACGAUUUAUCUACAAGGACAUAUGUUUAAGGCCUAUAAGCCAAGGUAUGAUUUCCGUUGUAUUUAAGAAGGCAUACCAAUUUAAAAAUAUUUUGAAAGGAUAUGAUGAAUGCGAUUUUAGUACUA